AUGCUCGAGGAGACAAGGUUGAAACUCAGUGAUACUGUAUUUCCCGAGCUGGACAAGAGUGAUUCGUGGAGUAACGAGAACAACAAGGCGAUCAGGGAUUUGUUCAGGUGCAUAGAGUCGGGGAACUGUGUCGAGAACCAAGAAAAAGUCGUGAUCCUAGGCUCGUUUCACUUCCGCGGCGCACUCACCGGAUGGGUUGGUGGUGAAGACAUUUGCCUGAACUAUACGCUGUUAUAUUCGCUCAACAACGACCGUGCCGUCCAGCUGUACCAGAUGUUCCCGGCAUUGGUGGUGGCUGUUCUAUUCGAAUCAUCCGACGUUGUGGUUUGCUAUCGCGAUAACGAAAACUGCCUCCAGUCCGAACGAAAUCCACAUGGGAUACCAAUUUAUAAGCUCUUCAGCUGGCAUUUCUGGUCCCAACCUGCUCAUCCCUUGGGUAGUCAAUGGACGUGGCAACCCGAGCCUUAUGCUAUUGAGGGCUAUUUCCCGGACGUCACCUAUGUCGGUUACAGUGUUGAACCCUCCUGCUCUAAGCAGCCUUUCAUUCCCCACGAAGGGCGCCAAGCCUAUCUCUUGGCGAAGCAUCUUUAUUACUUCACCGAUGAAAUCGCGCACGGUUGGUCCUCCACAGUAUGGAAGCGAGUAAAGGAGGAGACAGGAAUUGAGCUCAUCAUCGGCUCGAGAGGGGACGACGACUACGAACAACCCGAAGGCCUGACAAACCUUGGAUUUAUGCCUCAAGAGCGUUUCCUAAAUGAGGUGGCGAAGAGCCGAGUGCUUAUCGGUGUAGGGCAACCGUACACAAGCCCAACGCCUUACGAAGCUCUGUGCCUUGGCGUGCCAUUCAUCAAUCCUAUUUUACAGUGGGAUCCGGAAAACCCUCUAGAUAAAUCACGUUGGGACUCGCAGCACGUCAUCCUUCGAUAUCUCGAUCCUCCAUACGUGUACAACGUUCAGAAGGACGACGAACAGGGACUUAUUGACGCCAUUAACGCCGCCUACGAAAAUCCAAUCGACAGUUUUGUCCUAGAUAGGAUGAGGAUCCCCUCUAUUGCCGAACGCCUGGAGGAGCUUUUGGGCAGAGACUGGGAAGAGUUGGCAAAGAACGUGCCCCUGAAUCCGAUGGACGGGUGGUAAGAUUGAUGGUUCUAUGGCGUUUGAUGAUUCUACGGCGUGGAAUUGCAUUGGACAUCAUCAUCCAGUGCUCGACAUUCAUGACUGUGACGAGUGAUUCGGCGGACUACUGCAUACAUUAUAGACCUAUUGUUCAUCGUUUUCUGCGUGGGAUUCCCUGGUCGAUCCCGCAACUUGGUUUGUGCGAUGCAUUGUAUAUUGUUCAUCCAAAG